GCUCUCUCUUUCGGCACUAUCUCUGUAUCACCAAACCCUUGCUGGCUCUUAUGGGCAUGAAACACUCCUCCCGCUGCCUGCUCCUAAGGAGGAAAAUGGCGGAGAACACGGCCGAGAACACCGAGGUGAGCAGCCUACCCUCGCAGCCCCCGCAGCCCGUCGUCCCAGCCAAGCCUGUGCAGUGUGUCCACCAUGUGUCCACUCAGCCCAGCUGCCCGGGACGGGGCAAGAUGUCCAAGCUGCUGAACCCGGAGGAGAUGACCUCGAGGGACUAUUACUUCGACUCCUACGCCCACUUUGGGAUCCACGAGGAGAUGCUGAAGGACGAGGUGCGGACGCUCACUUACCGGAAUUCCAUGUAUCACAACAAGCACGUGUUCAAGGACAAGGUCGUACUGGACGUGGGGAGCGGCACUGGGAUCCUCUCCAUGUUUGCUGCCAAAGCAGGGGCCAAGAAGGUGUUUGGGAUUGAAUGCUCCAGUAUUUCUGACUAUUCAGAGAAGAUCAUUAAGGCCAACCACUUGGACAACAUCAUCACCAUCUUCAAGGGGAAGGUGGAGGAGGUGGAACUGCCCGAGGAGAAGGUGGACAUCAUCAUCAGCGAGUGGAUGGGCUACUGUCUGUUCUAUGAAUCGAUGCUCAACACCGUCAUCUUUGCCAGGGACAAGUGGCUGAAACCUGGAGGGCUUAUGUUUCCAGACCGGGCAGCAUUGUACGUGGUAGCAAUUGAGGACAGACAGUACAAGGACUUCAAAAUCCACUGGUGGGAGAAUGUCUAUGGCUUUGACAUGACCUGCAUCCGGGACGUUGCCAUGAAGGAGCCCCUGGUAGACAUCGUGGACCCAAAGCAAGUGGUGACCAAUGCCUGUUUAAUAAAGGAGGUGGACAUCUACACGGUGAAGACGGAGGAGCUGUCCUUCACAUCCGCCUUCUGCCUGCAGAUACAGCGCAAUGACUACGUCCACGCCCUGGUCACCUAUUUCAAUAUCGAAUUUACCAAGUGCCACAAAAAAAUGGGGUUUUCCACAGCCCCCGACGCCCCCUACACCCACUGGAAGCAGACCGUCUUCUACUUGGAAGACUACCUCACCGUCCGGAGGGGGGAGGAGAUCUACGGGACCAUAUCCAUGAAGCCAAAUGCCAAAAACGUGCGAGACCUCGAUUUCACAGUAGACUUGGAUUUUAAGGGACAGCUGUGCGAAACAUCUGUAUCUAAUUACUACAAAAUGCGUUAGCACACGUGGGAGGCUGCAGAGAGCGAGCGAGCACGGAAACUCACCUCCGUCUGAGGCGCCGCCACAAGGGACCCUGUUUGCAGGACUACACGCUCCAAACCGGAGUCUGACACUCUGCCCUUGAGAUUGGUGAACUCAGCCGGCCUCCUGAGGCCCCUGCCACUGGACAGAGGGCCUCCAGCUUCUCGGCUCUGCUCUGGGGGCCCUUCUCAGAGGCUCUGUCGUCCCGACAGAGAGCCACGGCCAGCGCGGCAGCCGGGCCCCGAUGGAGGAGUCCACGCGUGUCCCCAACGUCCUCCUUAACCGUGACUCUCGGAUCUUCAAGUUUUGCAUGCUGCAGGCAUCUAGGACAGAUUGCUUCACUAGACCCUGGAGACUAGCGUCUUUGAUAGCAUAAGCCAGACGCUGUGCGUGCGGCGGUGCGCGUGCGCAUGCGCGGACAGCAUACCUAUUCGUUCCUUUACCCGGCACGCGGGUAUGUGCUUGCAUAUACAGCCAAGCGGUAACGUCCGUGUUCAUCCAGGGCUGUGUGCGUGUGUGCGUGCGCGUGUGUGCGUAGAAUAUAUACUAUCUCAGAGGAGAUUCUGUUGCUUUCGAAUAGGAAUUUGUUUUGUGAUUAGUUCUCCCCCUUCCCCACCCCUUCCCCGCUAUGAAAUGUCCUCUGUACAGCUCCGGUCUCCUUUUGACUAGACUGUGGCUGCGAACCCUGGACAUAGGACCAUGCACUCCGUGGGCGCUCAAUAAAUGCACAUGAGA